AUGAGUGUAUUCGUAGUUUUAUUAACCUUAUGGACAGUAACCUGCGCCGCUCCUCAAUAUGGAUACGAACAACCUAUUAUUGGAGGACCAGCUGGCACCUACAAUGGAUUACCUGCUUCCGGUGCCGCUGGUCAUGGAGGUGACAAGUAUUUACCACCUGCAGCCACCACGGUUGCUCCUUUGAUACGCAAACAAUUCUAUGUGAUUUCUGCUCCCGAUGAUAGUGAUAAUCAGCCCAAAAACAAACAUUUGGUCUUGGGCCGUCCUCAAAGGAACUAUCGUGUGGUAUUUAUCAAGGCUCCCAACUCUGGUGCUGGCAACAUUAAAUACUCUGCUGAAUUUGCCCAAAAUGAAGAGAAAACAGUUAUCUAUGUACUUAAUAAAAAGGAUGAUGAGUUGGAUGCCAGCGAUAUUGCCACACCAGCACCAACAGCAGCCAGCCAACCUGAAGUGUUUUUCAUCAAAUACAGGACCGAUGAUGAGGCCCAGCAAGCUCAAAAAGAAAUUCAAGCCGAAUAUGACAAACUGGGAGGCACCAAUGAAGUUGCCGAUGAAACCACCGCUCCUAUCACCUCCGUCAUUGGUUCCUUGGAGGGCCUUAAUACCGACGGCAGCUACAACUAUCGUCAAACCAAUGAGAAUUCAGGAAAUUCUAAAACUCCUGAAGUUCCCAGCAGCCAAUAUCUGCCAUCAGUAUUUAAACAUAAAACCGCUUAA